AUAAAAAAAAAAAAAAUUAAACUCGCGUUUAAUGCUGCACGCGGCGUGACGGUGACCCGUGGACGCGACACACCAGGCAGAAAACGACGACCGGGUAACGUGUGGAAGACGACGAGCGUUGAACAAACCAGCACCAGCAGUACCGGCGGCGUAGCAAUACAUCGUGGCGAGCGAGGAUCGCGUCAGUCCAACAAUGUCGAACAACAGCCAGAAGCUGCCGACCACCGAGCGGGUUAUAAAAAGUGUACCGUUUCCGCCAGGUCGGAAGUUGACCACCGCUGAAAUAUGGGACUCAAGGACAAACAAACCUCGACCAGACAUAUUGAAACAGCACUUCAUACUCGAGGGUCGGAUAGACGAAGCCGCCGCGUUGCGCAUCGUCAACGAAGGUGCAUCGCUACUCAGAUCCGAAAAAACCAUGAUAGACAUCGAAGCUCCUGUUACUGUUUGUGGCGAUAUUCACGGUCAGUUUUACGAUCUAAUGAAGUUAUUUGAAGUCGGUGGUCCUCCUGCAACAACUAAAUACCUAUUUUUGGGUGAUUACGUGGACAGAGGGUAUUUCAGUAUAGAGUGUGUGCUUUACUUGUGGGCUUUGAAGUUGUGCCAUCCUACUACAUUAUUUCUAUUAAGAGGAAACCACGAAUGUAGACAUCUAACCGAAUACUUCACGUUUAAACAAGAAUGUAAAAUAAAAUAUUCUGAGCGAGUUUAUGAUGCUUGUAUGGAGGCAUUUGAUUGUUUACCUCUUGCUGCGCUCAUGAAUCAACAAUUCCUCUGUGUUCACGGUGGACUCUCGCCAGAAAUACAUAAUCUGGACGAUAUCAGAAGGUUGGACCGAUUCAAAGAGCCACCAGCUUUUGGUCCAAUGUGUGAUCUUCUUUGGUCUGAUCCUCUAGAAGAUUUUGGGAGCGAAAAAAACGCUGAACAUUUCAGUCAUAAUAGCGUUAGAGGCUGUUCAUAUUUUUACAGUUAUGCAGCAUGCUGUGAUUUUCUUCAGAGCAACAAUUUACUAUCCAUCAUAAGAGCACACGAAGCUCAAGACGCAGGAUACCGAAUGUAUAGAAAAAGUCAAACUACGGGUUUUCCAUCUUUAAUCACAAUAUUCUCAGCUCCCAACUACUUAGAUGUAUACAAUAACAAAGCUGCCGUUUUAAAAUAUGAAAAUAAUGUUAUGAACAUCAGACAAUUUAACUGUUCGCCACACCCUUACUGGUUGCCAAACUUCAUGGAUGUAUUUACAUGGUCUUUGCCGUUCGUCGGCGAAAAAGUUACCGAGAUGUUAGUGAAUCUAUUGAAUAUUUGUUCGGACGAUGAAUUAAUGACCGAAGGCGAAGAUACACUUGAAGACGCUGAUGCCAUUGUUGUUAAACCGAUAGUUCCGAAAAUGCCCGCCAAUUUGAGAAAAGAAGUUAUUAGAAAUAAAAUAAGAGCAAUUGGAAAAAUGGCAAGAGUCUUUUCAGUUUUGAGGGAAGAAAGUGAAAGUGUAUUGCAGUUGAAGGGUCUAACUCCGACUGGUGCUCUCCCUCUAGGAGCGCUAUCUGGCGGCAAAACAUCGUUAAAAAAUGCACUUCAAGGUUUCUCUCCUAAUCAUAAGAUUACUUCAUUUGCCGAGGCAAAAGGCCUUGAUGCAAUUAAUGAAAGAAUGCCACCACGCAAAGACACACCGCCAUCCAACCAGUGCUCGCCAUCUAACAUAGCUACAUCAUCGACUACACCAGUGACACCUGUAACAGAAGAUAAAUCGCCAUCCCCAUCAACUACUCAAAAACCAACAUCAUCGGAACAACCAUUAACAAAUACCACUCAUUCAUGAUUGCCAUAAAUUUAGAUUACCUAGCUAUACCAGGAUCUAUGAGCUGUUAUCUUCUUUAUACAGUCUACAGUUUAUUCAAUUCAAUAACUACUAAAAUUACUAUAAUAAUUUAUCAUAUUCAUUUCAAUGGUACAUUUUAAAUUAAAAUAUUUGGCACCUUAAAAAAAA